AUGACCUCUUUUGAAGAAGCUGAAACCGAAGAGACAGUAACAUGCCUCCACAUGACCUUUUACCAUCCCUGCCAAGAAGACAAAAUGAUGUUUCGUUGCUUGAACUUCUGUAAGCGAGAGCAGGUCAGGGCAGAUGAGAUGGCCAAGUUUGGCCGCGAUUCCAGCGUCUGCCGUUACAACCUGAUGGAUGCUCGUGUUUCCCGGGUUCAGUUUUCAUUGCAGUUCUACAGAAAGCUGAACAGCUCAGAACAUGGUUUUGAGAUAAAGAACAUGAGCAAGAAAACAAAACUCACUGUGGACCAAACAGAACUGGGUUACUUAAACAAAAUCGACCUGCCGUGGAAGUGCAUCAUUUGUUUUGGGGACUACCAGAUUUUAGCAGAGACUCAAGAAGGGGAGUCCAUGGAUUAUUUUGAGACUCACUUACACUUGGCUAAAGUGCCAAUCUUGCAAGAAAGGUGCCUGCCAUCACUGCAACCCGUGGCAGAGAAUAGCUUUUCUUCUUCCUCGUUUCCUUCCCAAGAGAAGAGCCCCGUAGAGAUUGAUGAAAACGAGUCAUGCUAG